UGUCAGAGAGGGUUGGGUACAUUUCUCUCGUACUCGACGAAGAAAAUAAUCUGAAAAUAUGUCUGGACGUGGAAAAGGUGCCGGCAAGACCAGAGCUAAGGCCAAGACCCGCUCCUCUCGUGCCGGUCUUCAGUUCCCGGUGGGUCGUGUCCACAGACUGCUGAGGAAGGGGAACUACGCUGAGCGUGUCGGUGCCGGAGCUCCGGUGUAUCUGGCAGCGGUGCUGGAGUAUCUGACCGCUGAGAUCCUGGAGCUGGCAGGAAACGCCGCCCGCGACAACAAGAAGACCAGGAUCAUCCCCCGCCACCUGCAGCUGGCUGUCCGCAACGACGAGGAGCUCAACAAGCUGCUGGGCGGAGUCACCAUCGCUCAGGGCGGCGUACUGCCCAACAUCCAGGCUGUCCUGCUGCCCAAGAAGACCGAGAAGCCCGUCAAAAAGUAAACACCCGAGACCGGCUUCAACAACACAACGGCUCUUUUAAGAGCCACACACUUCGACUACAGAGCGAGUUCCUGGUUUAUAGCUUCUGCUUAUGAACCAGUGUCCUGACUGGACCUGAUCCCUGAGUUCCUGCAGACAGCUGCUCUUUAAUAUGAACAGCGCUAAGUUAAUUUAUUUACCUGCGUGUUCUGAAC